CCCAGGCCGUGCAGAAUUCAUUGACAGCAUCGCCUGCGCUACUGUAACUGAACCACGAACCACAAGGAUGGAAGGGUCUCACGUAUCCAGCAUGAGUCGCUCUGUUCUAAUGGCGGACGCCUUACGCAAGUACAAAAUCGUCAUCGGCUACCUCAUCUUUGCUGCCUUCCUCGUCGGAGUGUUCAUCAGCCGAGACAAGGUCCUGCAGUGCAGCUUGGCUGUUGGGGGCAUUGUCGUGUUGUGGACGUUAGAGCCCAUUCCGUACCAUGUUACAUCAUUCGUACCCUUAGUGAUCUUUCCGGUGUCCAGCCUCCUCCCUGCGAAGGACGUUGCCAUGCGUUACAUGAACGAUGACAUCAUCCGGGCACUGUCGGGCCUCUUCAUCUCCAUCCUGCUUCAGACGUCCAAGCUGAACCGACGGAUGGCACUCUACCUUCUUCUUGCAAUGGGCACCAAUGUGCGAAAGCUGUUGUUCUGUUACAUGUUCUUUGUGUUCCUCUUCGCUAUGUUAGUAACGGAUGCUGCUGUGACCGCCAUCAUGGUUUCUCUCGUGGACACCCUCGUUGCUGAACUGUAUGCGAGCAAGGUGCGACUCAGGGUGGCGAAGAUAAACAAGGUUACCGAGGAAGCCCGCCUCAAGCCGAAGGACGGCGAAGAGGGGCGAGGCGCUGUCGAUGGACAAGAUGCACCGGCUUAUGCCGAGUACGACAAUGUCCUGCACGAGGAACAGACGCACUGCGCUGUACUUCGUAAAGCUUUCAUGUUGGCCCUCAGCUACGCCGCUGUCUACGGAGGCUCUGCAUUGCUUGCUAGUCGACCGAGCUUCAUAAUGGAAAGCUUCCUCGAAGAGCAAUACGGAUACACAAUCAGCGAAUUCAGUUGGGUGCUCGUCAACGUGGCGUUCGGCAUCGUGGGACUCAUAUUCGCCUGGGUGUUUAUCUUCUACAUCUUCCUCAGGAAAUUCGAUGAGGAUGGUACAGAGGACCCCUCUUCGGCGAGGGAAGUCUGCAGAGGAAAGCUCGACCAACUCGGAGAGAUGACGAUGAACGAAGUCAUCGUCACUGGUUUGUUCGUUGUGUGCGUCGCGCUUUGGGUGACCAGGAAGCCCCACAUCGUACCAGGGUGGCAGGACUACCUUAAACUAAGACUCGUGAGUGAGUCUACAGUGGGAUUCUUCGUCGUCAUUGUGGCAUUCUUGCUCCCUUCCGAUUUCCACAACUUCGAGCUCAAAAACCGUAUCCUCAAGUGGAACGACGUGUACCAUAAGAUGCCUUGGGGUGUCAUCUUUGUCAUGUCAGGAAACAUCGCCAUCUCCUAUGCCCUUGUGGAAUGCGGAGUCAUCACCGGGCUGAACGACUUGGCCAAGCACAUUUCACCGAAUCAUGUCUGGGCGCAGCUAUUUUUCCUCUUUGUCUCCUCUAUCGCCUCCGAGGUGACCACUGUCAAGGACAGACUGCCGGCGCUCUACGAAGUAGCGGGAAAUGCGAGCCAGGCCAUGGACAUGCGUCCGCUGCACCUCCUCCUCCCAACGGCAGCAGGGUCCGACUUCAACUUCAUGAUGCCCUCGUCGGGGGCCAGAAACGCCAUCAUCUUCGAGAUUGCAUACAUUUCUUCACUAGAAAUGAUUUUGCCGGGCCUGGUGAUGAAACUCGUUUCGUGCAUCCUGUACUUUGGUGUCUUCAACUCGAUUGCAGUGGCGGUUAUGGGCAUCGAUGAGCAACUCACCGCAGUUAACGCAACCUCUGCAGCGACAACAGUCAGUCGCUUUUUUGUUCACGCCGAACAAUAAAUAUCCAUAAAAUGUU